AUGCGCGAACCUAAGAGAUAUGAAGAGAGAGUGAAGGAAUACGUGACGCAGUACGCCACCAGAGCCCACCUAGAGAACGACGACGAUAACGAGGAGGAUGACGGAGAGCUGAGCGAGGUGGAGGACUUCCGGAGUGAUCACGGCGACGAGGAACCAGCGGGCCAUAUGGAGGUCUAG